AUGGAAACCCAGAUGACUUGGUUGGAAGAACCCGAAGAAAUCCAGAAAAAUCUGGAAAGAAAAGCUCAGGAUGGGCUGGGAAAACCAGAUUUUAAUGAUGAUAAUAGCUCGCCCAGGGGUGUGUUGGAAAUCCCUGUUUUGGGUGCCGAUUUAGAUAACAGUAGCAGCGGUCGUAGUAUCUCAUCUACGGAUAAACUGAUCGAGCACCAAGCUUUGGAUCCAAAAUCAAAUAGCUCACAAUGGAGGAAUUUUCUUGAGUUCAUGACGUCGGAAUCCGUGAGAAGGUUUUCUACGUUUCAGAGAAUGAAAUUACGCAGGAAACGCGCCCGGUUUCGCAGUGCGGAGGAUCGAAUUGAGUACGAGGGACCACCUACAACAAAACCUUCGUGGAGGAACUUUAGCUACGAGGAGCUUGCCGCUGCUACCGAUAAUUUCAGUUCUGAGAAGUUGAUCGGGAAGGGAGGGCAGGCGGAAGUGUACAAAGGAUGCAUGGGUGACGGUCAGCUAGUAGCAGUGAAAAGGCUAACCAGGAAAGAGAAAGCAGAGGAGGAAAGGGUCGCGGAUUUGUUGUCGGAGCUGGGAAUCAUAGCCCACAUUAAUCACCCAAAUGCGGCGCGUUUGCUUGGCUUUGGUGUGGAACAGGGUUUGCACCUCGUUCUCGACUUCUCCCCUCAUGGAAGCCUUGCCUCUCUGCUCCACGGUUCAAAGAAACCUUUGGAGUGGGGAAUAAGGUUUAAGGUUGCUUCAGGGGUAGCGGAAGGGUUACACUACCUCCAUUGUGGCAGUAGACGUAUAAUUCAUAGAGACAUCAAAGCCUCCAACAUCUUAUUAACCCAAGAUUAUGAACCUCAGAUUUCUGAUUUUGGACUUGCAAAAUGGUUACCAGAACAAUGGAGUCACCAUAUAGUUUUCCCCAUAGAGGGGACAAUUGGAUACUUGGCACCAGAAUACUUCAUGCAUGGGAUUGUUGAUGAGAAAACAGAUGUUUUUGCCUUUGGGGUGCUACUACUGGAGCUCAUAACAGGCCGGCGUGCGGUCGAUUCUUUUCGCCAAAGUCUUGUAAUGUGGGCAAAACCACUAUUUGAUCCAAAUAAAAUGGAAGAAUUAGUGGAUCCUCGUCUAGGACAUGGUUAUGACAUUAUUGAAAUGAAGCGUAUGAUCUUGACCGCCUCAAUGUGCAUUCACCACUCAUCCACUAUGAGACCACACAUGAGUAUGGUAUUGCAACAGCUGAGGGGUGAGGCUGAAACAAUGGAAGUGACUGAAAGGGAAACAAAGCCACUCUUUUUGGAUACCUGUGAUUUAAAUGACUAUACUCGUUCUAAUUACCUUAAAGACCUCAACCGCCAUAGGCAACUACUUGCAUUAGAAUAA